AUGGAAGAGGCCCUGAAUCAGCCCGACUUCUCUGAGGCGGCAGGCGGCUUGAGGACGGCUGCGGACCAUCUCGAUCGGUGUCGGAAUCUCCCCGCCGUCGAUGGCGGUGCUCGCCUGGCAGAGACCCUCCAAACGGUACUGGAGCGCAUCGGAGCGCUGGAAAGAACGAUGCAGCGUCGCUUCGAUCAGGUAGACCGUCGAAUGGAUGGCUUGGAUCGCAAGGUCACCGUCUCCAACCGAAACGCAGUGAUUCGGGCGCAGAACAGCACUGUCGUCCGCGCGGACAUGGAGUUGGAACCCCUCUACAGCGUCCUCACCGGUGAGCCGUUGGAUCAAUUCCCAGAGACCUUGGAUCGCCUUGAGCGACUGCAGUUGGCAGCCGUCAAUGACCUGUUGACCCAUCUCGGCGAGGUCCCGAGGGGUCGUGUCGAAGAGAGACGGAGACAGUUGAAGCUCGCUUCAGGCGUGGUGACAAGGGCUGUGUAA